ACUGCUCAGCACUCGAAUCUUUUGGCUGAAAUUAAUGAACUGACUCGAGGACCGCUGGAAUAUCUGAAUAACAACUCUACUGGAUUUUUUAUUGCCAUGUGCGUUUUACUGGGGAUGCAUUUCAGCAGAUCGUGAAUGUGUGAAGAAUGUGAUCGUGAUUGUGCAGGAGCAAUAUGGAGUGCUCUUGGAAGACUCUAUUGCUGCUGGUGUGCACGUCCAUGGGGGUGCAGUACACUGCCAUCCGCUCCCUCCAUGACUCCUUCAGUGGCCCAUGCCAAGACUACGCCCACUGCCAAGGACGCCAGGGUAAAGAGCAUAGAUUGAAAUCUCUGUGCGAUGACAAUCGUGUCCCUGCUGAGACUAAUGCAGCUCGGAAACACAUCCUUCUAUUUGCGCAAACCCGAAGUGGCUCCUCCUUUACCGGACAGCUUUUCAAUCAGCACCCGGGCAUCUUUUAUGUUUACGAGCCACUCUACCAUGUCCAGCAGGCCUUCACUAAUUCUAGCAGUCACCUGCAAAGGGCUUUGGAUGGUAGAGCUCUUUUGGGGGCCUACAGAGAUCUCCUUCUCAAUCUCUACAACUGUGAUAUCAACUUCCUGGAGAGUUACAUUCGCCCUGAACCACAGGAUCACAUGACUGGGGCCUUUUUCCGCCGCAGCUCUAGCCAUGCCCUCUGCACACCUCCUGUAUGCCUUGAAGGAAGUGAGGAGAUCCUGGGAGGCCAGCCAGAUGAAACCUGGUGCCCCAAAAAGUGCCAAGCCUUGAAUCUCACUCUGGCCUCUCAGGCUUGCCAAUCACGGAACCACAUAGCCAUCAAGACAGUUCGUAUCCCCGAAGUAGGAGAUCUACGUACGCUGUCAGAAGACCCCCGUUUAGAUUUGAGAAUUGUACAUUUGGUGAGGGACCCCCGAGCCAUUCUUGCAUCACGUAUGACUGCCUUUGCGGGUAAAUUCAGGGCCUGGAAGAUCUGGAAUGCCACUGGCCGCCAACCACGGUACGUGGAUCUGACACAGAUAAUGAGAACAUGCAGAGAUAUAGAGUAUUCUGUGGAGAUUGGCCUGCAGAAGCCUACUUGGCUGAGGGGGAGGUAUCUUUUGGUGCGCUAUGAAGACUUGGCCCUGAAUCCGGAGGAAAAAGCCAAGGAGAUCUACAGAUUCCUAGGGGUGGACUUGCAUCAAAGAGUGCUCACAUGGAUUGCUCAUAACACCAAUGGUACUGCCCCAUCUUCUUCAGAGUGGAACUACAAGUACUCUACCACAAGAGACUCUAAAGCCACAGCUCAAAGCUGGAGGGUGCAUCUAAACUUUGAUAUUGUUAAGACAGUUCAAUCUUUAUGUAACAGAACUCUUGCCUUGCUAGGCUAUACUAUCGUCCAUUCCGUAGAUGAACUGAGAAAUAUAACAAAUAGUUUAACAGAACCUAGGACAUAGUGAAUUAAGCGUUAAGUGAACUACUCAGAUUUCACAACAAAUUAUUUUUGGUUACACAGAAUAUUGUGUUAAAUUGCACUUCAUAUUUCGCACCGUUCUCAUAACAUGCAUACUAAUUGCCAGAGCUGCGUUACUUCCCCCAAGGCCUGGGGCUAACGCACCCCUCCCAUGUGCCAUUUAAUGAAUCCUACUAUGGCGAAGGCUUCCGUGUGGGAAGUAAUUAUGUCAUGAAUACGUUGCUUGGUAACCAUCCUUUAGCACCCCGUUACGUGAAGUAAUUAAUACUCAUGAGUCAAGCUAUUAGCAUAGCAGGAUUCUUUCAUUAUCACCCGGAGCCCUGUGCCCAUCAUUUUAGGUAAACCAAAUGUACAUUAGCGUCACCAAAGGACAACUUCCAACAAUUGCUCAGCAGACUCGCCAGUAAAAUCAAGAGCACAUAGUCUACACGAGACCUUGUAUGGCCUUAAGUAUGAAUGUAGAUCAGAAAAUGACACAAACAGUGCAUGUCCUUGGUACAACAUGCACACAAAAAUUUAAAAUAAACUUGUGCAAUCACAUUACAACCACAUAAAUGAAUAUAAAAUGAAUGAAAUGUCACUCACCACUAUCAAAAAGCUCUCUUACUGAUCUUAAUAGCAAAGUCCCCAAUUAAAUCUUUGAAAUCAGACUGGCACAGAAGGUCAUGAUCAGUUUGAAAUACCGUCAAACAGUUCAAUCUGUUUUGAUUUACUGAAGUCAUCAUCUUAUUUUUUCCUAGCCCUAACUUCAAAGUCUCUCUCCAGUGGCAUUUGAGACAGUGAGGUUAAAGUUGUUUCUAAAUGCUAUCUCAACCUUGGGAAAACACUUUGGAGCUGCUGAGCUACUUUGCAACUUGUGAUAUGCAAAUAAAAAUCCCUAUUUAAUUAAUAUGCUAUCUCCUGUUCCCCAGGCCCCCUAGAGGUCAGGCCCAGGGCUGCAGCCCUUGUGCCCAUUGGGUAAACACGGCCCUGCUACUUCAAUUGCAGUUUACAGUUUAUAUCAUGGGCUGAAUUACUAAUUCCACAAACACAUACCAUUUUGGAAGUGAGAGGCUCAAAUAUUCAAGAAUAUGUAAUGAAAAUGUCUUAUUAUUACAUGUGUUGUUUUGAGAAUACAAAUGCAGAGAUUAUGAGGUUGAAAAGGUUGUCUCAGUCUAGUUUAGCCUUAAAGUAAUCUUGGAUUUCAGGAUCUCUUUGUAAUUUAUGAAUUGUUGUUGUUGCUCUUGCCUUCCUGUCUGUUCUGUUAAGAAAUUCUUUACUUAAUGUAUGUGACUCAUACUCUUAAACUCAAACACUAAUGCAUAUAAACUGGAAACAUGCUUUAUAAACAACUGUUCCUCAUCUCAGGUAUAUGCAAUGCACUUCUUCAGCCGCACUGCCAUUUAAUAAAUAUGCAGAAAAUAGAAAAUAGCAAUGACGAAAUAAAUUAUUGUCAUCUUUAUUUUGUAAUUUAAUAUGCUACGUGAAUAUGUUUGUUUCUUUUAAUUAUUUAUGGAUGCUUUUCCAAAAAAGCAACAGAAUUAUGUGGAACAUUGUGCACUUAUUGAAUUGUAGCAGCAAACAUGAUCAGUCUUGAGUGAUUAUUUGUCCAUUUGUAAGCUUUUUAUGUUUGUUUCUAGUGUAAACACAUUGAUCUGCCUUAGUAUUAAUAAUUAAGCAGGAAUGGUGGAAAAUGUCUAUACGUAAAAUGAACCAGAAGCUUCGGUUUUAAUGUAGGUGUGAUUUGCUGAAGUUCUGAAUGAUAUUUUUCAAAAGGAAAAUAAAAUAAUUAAUAAAGAGAGAGAUUACCAAGGGAUAAUGGCCACAACUCAAAACCUUCCUUUUUUCUCCGUAAGUUUUAUUUUGUUUUCAAAGGCAAGAUGAGCAAGGCAGCCUACCAUUACCAUAAUAAAUGGAUGAGAAGCAGUGGACCUUCCACUAAAUGGUUGAAUAUAGAAUACUUACCAUUUCCCCACCUACAUAUUUUUGUAAUGCAUAUGAACUCAACAUCAUUGAAAGGUUUCUAUGAUCUUUACUUUCAGAAGUACUUUUUUUAGUACCAGCACAAGUAAGCAGUUUUGUUGUGAUUGUGUUGCGGUUCUCUAUUUAGGAGGUCUGUAAUACCUGGUAAAGGCUUUCUGUAAUGGCUGUUGCUUAGCUGGUGCAUCACCUCAUGAAAGUAUGUGAUUUGAAUUUUGCUAUCUUUUCUUAUGGGCACUCAGUUCAGUAUUAAGUCCCCUUUUUUCACAUUUUGUUAUGUUGCAGCCUAAUGCUAAAAUGCUUUAAAUUAUUAUUUAUUUUUCACAUCAAUCUACACACAGUUUCAGUUUUUUCUUAUUAAUAAAUUUGCAAAGUUAUCAAAAAUCUGGUUUUUGCUUUGUCAUUAUGGGGUAUGGAGUGUAGAAUGAUGUGAAAAAAAAUGAAGGGGUCUGAAUACUUUCUGAAUGGGCUGUGAAUACCAUGUGACUAAUUCCUCUGAAACCGGAGUAAAAUGACAUCUAGACAUGUUGACAAUGCUGUCGGUUGAUGGCAUCACAAGAAUGCACACAGUCCCACAGAAUUCAUCAAUGGAGGAAGAUGCUUUUUGCAGUAUGGUGUAGACCAUCUUCCUCCACUGAUGGCUUUUUAAAGGUAGUCAUAAAUAUGUUUUUUCAAAGCAACAUAGACAUUUUUAAUGUUCCUUUUUAUGUACUGUAUGUUUAGCCAAGGCUUUUUGAGGGCUCUUAAAAGCAUGAACAACCACUUCGACAUCACAGCUUAGAAUAGUUGCUUGUGAAUGCCUUAGGACUGUGUGCAUUACAGUGUAGAUGUUCUCUAAAGCAAAACCAAUAAAAGAUAAUUGAGAUGUUGAGUAAAAAUGGUUUUGGCAUUAAAGAAUAUCAGAUUUUCUUCUUUCAUUACAGUAUAAUAUUAUUCUGCAAACAGUAAGAUAAUAAAAAUAUAUUGUUAAUCCAAGUGACCCAGUCAGACAGUUCCGUUUUUGCAUGAAGAAAAACUAAAUUUGACUCAUGAACUGGAGACAUCUUUUAUGAGUAAAUGGCUGCAAAAAUAACUUACCACAGAGACCGUACAAA